GUGUCUUCAAUCUCCAUCCUCAAAUUUGCAGUUUUGCACCAUUUUCUCCAUUAUAGUAAUAACGUAAUAUUAUAUCUUUUGUUCUUUCUCAGCUUACAAUGUUUACCGGUCAGUGUCGCCCAGUGCAUCCUCGGUGGUUUGUUUCUGCCGGGAUCAAUUGUUUUUGGCAUACAACAGCUGGACAAAGUACUCCUGCUAGUGACGAUACUACAAGCUAGUCCAAUUUCAUCAAGUCCCUCUCGAAUCUCGAUCACCUGAUGGGUGCUGAUCUGUCUCUGAUAUGAUCCCCAGAGAGCUACUCCCCAACGUCCUCAUCCUACUUUCAUCUUUGUUCAGCUCGCAAAGGAUGGAGGAGAUCACAAACGUGAUGGAGUAUGAAGAAAUCGCGAGGCAGAAAUUGCCCAAGAUGGUUUAUGACUACUACGCCUCUGGGGCAGAGGACCAGUGGACUCUCGAGGAAAACCGCAAUGCCUUCUCUCGAAUCCUGUUUCGGCCGCGGAUUCUUGUUGAUGUGAGCAACAUUGACUUGACCACAACUGUAAUGGGCUUCAAGAUUUCGAUGCCGAUCAUGAUUGCUCCAACCGCUAUGCAGAAAAUGGCACACCCUGAUGGGGAGUAUGCUACAGCAAGAGCUGCUUCAGCAGCUGGCACGAUUAUGACAUUGUCAUCAUUGGCUACAUCAAGUAUUGAAGAGGUUGCUUCAACAGGUCCUGGCAUUCGCUUCUUCCAACUCUAUGUGUACAAGGACAGGAACGUAGCCGCUCAGUUGGUUAGGAGAGCUGAAAGAGCCGGUUUCAAGGCGAUUGUACUUACGGUUGACACCCCAAGACUUGGUCGGAGAGAAGCUGAUAUCAAGAACAGGUUUGCUUUGCCACCCAGUUUGACACUGAAGAACUUUGAGGGCUUGGACUUGGGCAAAAUGACAGUAGACAAGACCAGUGACUCAGGUUUGGCCUCCUAUUUUGUUGGCCAAGUCGAUCCGAUGCUGAGCUGGAAGGAUGUGAAGUGGCUUCAAACCAUCACCUUCUUGCCAAUUUUAGUGAAGGGGGUGCUGACAGCUGAAGAUGCGAAGCUAGCAGUACAGAAUGGGGUGGCAGGGAUCAUUGUGUCCAAUCACGGAGCCCGCCAGCUUGAUUAUGUUCCAGCCACCAUCACAGCUCUGGAGGAGGUUGUGAAAGCUGCAGAGGGCAGAGUUCCUGUGUUCCUAGAUGGUGGAGUUCGCCGUGGGACAGAUGUGUUCAAGGCACUGGCGCUGGGAGCUUCUGGUGUAUUUAUUGGAAGGCCAGUGGUGUUCUCAUUGGCGGCAGAUGGAGAGGCUGGAGUGAGGAAAGUUCUGCAUAUGCUUAGGGACGAGCUUGAACUGACGAUGGCACUAAGCGGGUGUACAUCGAUCGAGGAGAUUACUCGCAAUCACAUCAUUACUGACUGGGAUCCUCCUCGCUCGCUCCCUAGCAGCAGGCUAUGAGUUGAAUUGGAACCAUUUGGCAUUGUAAUUUUGCUUUGUAAUGUUGAGAAUAAGAACCUCCCCAUUUGUUGGAAAAGGUCGUAUCCAUCCAUUGUUGUGUAAAGUAAUGUAAACAUGAAGACUAAAGAUCGUUUAAAUUGACGACGAACGCAGUACGUAAGAAGGAUUGCCUACUUUGCCUCGCCCGAUCUAAUCAUAUCUGAGUAAUUUGGUUAGCAUGUUGAACAGUUGAUGCCCCCUACGGCCGAGGGGCAUAGUUAGGUCAUCCAAACAUUACAACUUCUGUCGGUCACAGUUACGGUCACUGGAAAUAACUAUAAACUGUAAACCUUUUG